AUGGCGGAGGUUGCCCAUCACAACAUUCCUGCAGUCGACAUGAUCAACGCUACGUCGCGUCUUCAACUGGAAGCCGCAGAGGUUCGUAGCAACAAGCCAAACUGGGGAUCGUAUUUCCGCUCUAAGAUGAUUCAAGAGGACGACUACACCCUUGUCACUAGCUACGAGAAUGCCAAGUCAAAGGACGAGCGCGACCAGGUCAUUGCUGCCAACGACGCAAAUGGACAACUUGCCAAGACCAUGGCCAACUUGAUCACCCAAGUCGCCAAGGAUCAAAAUGUGCGAUAUGUGCUCACCCUGUUCGACGACAUGCUUCAGGAGGAUAAAUCCAGAGUUGAGAUUUUUCACAAGGCCGCCCACCGUCAGAAGCGCACCGCGUUUUCCCAAUACCUCGGAAUCCUGCAGCGGCAGGACAAUUUCAUUGUUAAUCAGAUGAGCUCCAUCAUUGCUAAACUUGCUUGCUUCGGUGUCACCCGUAUGGAGGGACAAGAUCUUCAGUACUAUUUUUCCUUCCUCAAGGAGCAGCUUAAGAAUUCAACGACGAACGAAUACAUGAACACCACUGCUCGUUGUCUCCAAAUGAUGCUCCGCCAUGACGAGUACCGCCACGAGUUUGUCGUCACGGACGGAGUUCAGACUCUGGUAACAGCGCUUAACGGGAAGACGAAUUUCCAACUCCAGUACCAACUCAUCUUCUCUGUCUGGUGCCUCACCUUCAACGCCGACAUCGCCAAGAAAACUCCAUCGCUUGGGGUCAUCACUGCACUUGGAGACAUCCUUUCAGAGUCGACAAAGGAAAAAGUCAUUCGAAUUAUUCUGGCAUCCUUUGUCAACAUUCUCAACAAGGUCGAGGAGCGUGAGAUUAAGCGAGAGGCUGCCCUUCAAAUGGUUCAGUGCAAGACUCUCAAGACUUUAGAAUUAAUGGAUGCCAAGAAGUACGACGAUCCAGAUCUCGAGGAUGACGUGAAGUUCCUGACUGAGGAAUUAACCCUCUCCGUACAUGACUUGAGCUCCUACGAUGAAUAUUACAGUGAAGUCCGCUCCGGCCGUCUCACAUGGUCUCCAGUUCAUAAAUCCGAAAAGUUCUGGCGUGAGAACGCUGCCAAAUUCAAUGACAAGCAGUAUGAAGUGGUCAAGAUUCUCAUCAAACUUCUCGAAUCAAGCUCAGACCCACUGAUUCUUUGCGUGGCAUCACACGAUAUUGGAGAGUAUGUUCGUCAUUACCCAAGAGGAAAAACAGUUGUCGAGCAGCAACAAGGAAAGGCUGCAGUGAUGCGAUUGCUGACAGCUGAGGAUCCAAAUGUCCGCUACCAUGCCCUUCUUGCCGUGCAGAAACUUAUGGUUCACAAUUGGGAGUAUCUCGGAAAACAAUUAGACAGUGAUGCUCAAGGAGACGGUGUAGCCGCCAAGUAA